UUUGGAGCUGCAGGAACGCGAGACAUUCCAAGACCAUGAUUAUGAGCGAAAGGACCACGGAGGCUCCCACCGAAACCUACACCAAGGUCGACCACGAUCAACCACCCAACGGAGAGCACGACAAUUUGGAUCAAGCUGACGGAGAAACAUCCCCGGGGUUUGAAAGGACCGGCAACCAAUUGUCCGUCUCGCGGUCAGGUCGCCACAAGCAGCGUCUCCGUCGUCGGUCAACCAUCUUCGAAAACCCUACACUGGGCCGCUCAGCGGCGAACAAGAGCCCUCGGCAAUCAUCUGGUGAUGGCCAGGACCAAGAAAACAAGGAACCUGGAGAACCGGAAGAGGAGGAGAACAACGAUGGCGUCUGUUGGAUCUUGUAUCAAAAGCAUGAGCAAGACACGGAAGAAAAUUUUCACGGCGACACGCUGUGGAUCACGCAAGUCUGACGAUCAAC